UAUCUAAUUAAUUUCCAAAAUUCAUUAGUUACUAGAAAGUUCUCAAUUCGAUGAUACGAUUUAGUUUAUAAUUUAUUGAAUACAAAAUGAAUAAAAAUACAUACGAUUGGCUAAAUAAAGCCAUCGUUUUAUUAGGUCUAAUUACAAUUAGUAUAGCGAUACGAAUUCCACCGCAGCCAAGAUCACAAAUUGAAACGAAUGAUGCUGUAAAAACUAUCGUUACAAAUGAAUUAACCAAAGAUGGUGCUGUGGCAUUAAAUUAUGAAUUAUCAAAAAGUACACGUCCUACCAAUUAUAAAAUCACUCUAAAACCAUACUUAAUAAAAGAUGCGCCCAAAGCAGAUGCUGACAAAUAUUUAACUUUUGAUGGCACUGUUGAAAUUUCUCUAGUAGCACAAUACGAAACAGAUACCAUUGAAUUGAAUGCUAGAAAUUUAACUAUUAGCACCAUAAAAAUAGAAGAUAAAAAACGUGAAACAGAUGCAAAAGAAAUGGAAGUGACGCACAAAGUAGAUGAAGAGGUUGAAAAACUUAUUAUUUCAUCAAAAACUAAGUUGAAAAAAGGCUCAGAAUAUCUUUUAACGAUAACAUAUACGGGUUUCUUAAAUCAUCCUGAUCUUAAAGGAUUCUAUAAAAGUACUUAUACAAAUGACGAAGGAGUAGAAAUUGUAAUUGGUACAACUCAAUUUGAAUCAUCGGGAGCUCGGAGAGCAUUCCCCUGCUAUGAUGAAUUGGGUAUAAAAGCAACUUUUGAUGUGGUUAUUAAGGCUCCUAAAGCUUACAAUACAGUUAUUUCAAACAGUCCAAUAGCAUCUUCAGUUGAUGAUAAAGAUGAUAAAGAUUGGAAAGUAACAACUUUUAAAACGACGAAAUCUGCAAUGUCAACAUACUUGGUAGCAUUUGUCGUAUCUGAUUUUGAAUCGGACAAAUUAAAAAAAAAAGAUGCUAAGGACCCUGAAAUGAAUAUCUACUCACAAAACAAAUUUAUUAAACUUGGUCAACGAAGUUUACAAUUCGGCCAAUUGGUACUAAGGGAAAUUAACAAAUUUUUAAAUGGUGAUUUAAGUUAUGCAGAUUACAUGGAUAAAUUAGAUCAAGUUGGUAUACCAGAUUUUGCAGCUGGUGCUAUGGAAAAUUGGGGCUUAGUUACAUAUAGAGAGUUGCAAUUAUUAUGGGAUAAAGAAACAGCAACAUCUUGGAAUAAACAAAAAAUUUACUUAACAAUUGCUCAUGAAUUUGCUCACCAAUGGUUUGGCGACUUGGUUACACCGACAUGGUGGAAAUAUAUUUGGCUAAAUGAAGGUUUUGCCACUUACGUUGAAUAUGUAGCUGCAGAAGAGACUAUUCUGAAAUUAACUGAUGAAAAUAAAGAAAAUUCUGGUUGGCGAUUACUCGAACAUUUUGCGAUCCAUGAACGUCAAAAUGCAUUCAUUUCUGAUAGUUUAAAUACAACACGACCUAUGACAUCCUUUGCUGAAGCUCCAGAAGAUGUUAAUAAUUUGUUCGAUACCGUUAUUUAUGCUAAAGCUGGAUCAGUUCUGUUUAUGUUGGAGCACAUUUUGUCAAAAACAGUUUUCCAAAAAGGUUUGAAUACUUAUUUACAAACAAGUAAAUUAUCUACAGUAACACCAGAAAAAUUAUGGGAUGCUUUACAAACAGAACACGAAAAAUAUUUACUUGAAAACCCAGAAGCUGCAUCAAAUUUGGGACGAUUAAGUGUUCAUGAUAUUGGUAACUCAUGGUCUUUACAAGCUGGUUACCCAAUUGUAACUGUUACAAAGAAUGGAAAAACUGUUCAAUUGGAACAGAAACGAUUUUUCACUGAUUCAACUCAUGACACUAACACAGUGUUUUUAAUUCCAAUUAAUUACUUAUUACAAAGCGAAUUAAAAGAUUUAAAAGAAGUAAAUACGCAACCAAAACAUUUCUUAACAUCUAAAUCACGGCAUAUUGAAGUUGAGAAAGAAGAAGACUUUAUAUUAGUAAAUAAUCUACAAACAGGUUACUAUCGCGUUAAUUAUGAUAAGGAAAAUUGGGAAAAAAUUAUCGAAUACACUAACAAAACAGAAAAUGUGAAAAAUUUGAAACCUGUGACCUUAUCUCAACUUAUUGAUGACACUUUUACAUUUUCUCGUAUUGGAUUAUUACCAUACAAUUAUACUUUAAAAUUGGCUGAAUUAUUACAAAGUGUAGAUGAUUAUGUACCAUGGUAUGCGGCUGUGAAUAAUCUUAAGACUUUAGAUGUACAAUAUUCCGGAUCGAAUUCAGAAAAGGACUAUAAGGCUUAUCAAAAAACAUUAUUGAAGUCUGUAUAUCCAAAAAUAAAAGAAGCUGCCACUGAGAAGACAACUCAUAUAGAAAAAUUAAACAGAUUAUUAUUGUUGAAACGUGCAUGUGAUAUCGAUUUGGACGAUUGUCGAAAUGCAACCAGUGAAGCAUUGAAAACUCAUAUUGAUAGCGGAAAAAAAAUUGUCCCAGAUGAUCAAGCAGCAAUAUAUUGUGGUGGUACAAGACAAGCUGAUGAAGAGUUUUACAAAUUAUUGACAAAACGAUACAAAGAUAUCGAGAAACUCUAUAAGGAUGAUGUUGAUAAAGGUGAAGCUGAAAAGAAAAAUUUAGCUUUAGGAUUGGGUUGUAUGAAUGAUGAAAAAUUAUUAGAUACCUUAUUGGAUGAACUCAUGGAAGAAGAGUUUCCACUCAAAAAUCACAUUACCGAGAUAUUCCUUGGCUUGAUUGAUGGUAGUCAAAAAGGAUUGGAAAAAGUAUUAGAUAUUUAUCCAAAACAUUAUACACAUAUUAAAGAAGUUGUCGGUGAAGACAAAGCCAUAUCAAUAGUACAAGCCCUUGGAAAUAAAUGUUCUUCUGACGAUCAUUUGAAAUCGUUGAAUAACUUUGAUAAGAAUCUUGACAAAGAUAAAGUAGAAGAAAAUUCGAGAAUACGAAGAGAAAUUAAACGUGCUACCGAUAAAGUUCAACAACGCAUUGAUUGGAAUAACCAAUAUUUAGAUGAAAUUAAUGAAUGGUUCGAAACUAACAAAUAUCAAGGUGAUGGCUGUGAAACCGUUUUAAUGAAUUUAACGUUGUUAGGUUUCGGUUUAAUUGUAACAUAUUUAUUUAACAAGCAAUAAUUAGUCCAUAAUAUCUACUUAUGUAAUUAUUUAUCCAUUACAAAUUCAUUUAAUUAUAAAUUCAAAUGAAGAAAUUAAGAUAUUUGUUAAUGUAAAUAAUAAUUUUGUCAAAUUAAAAUGUUUGCUAUUAAUGUAAAGAAUGAUGUAAAUAGUUAAAGAAUGUAACGUAAUUUUAUUAUUUAAUAAAUAAAAUAAUUGUAUUUGAA